AUGAGACUCAUCAACGUUGAGACGCUUGAGCUGGAGGAGUUCUUUGACGAGGACACGCCGGAAUUCGCGAUUCUCUCCCAUACCUGGGGAAAGGAAGAGGUUUCGUUCCAAGAUCUUUGUUGGGUACAUGACUACGAGAAGAACCGAAUGAUCUAUGCAUCUCUGGGAGAUCUCAUGUCACAGAUCGGUCAUAACAUGACAAACAAGGCCAUAGCCAUAAGACAAAGAGCUGGGUUCGACAAGAUCGUCCAAAGUGCUCGUCUUGCGAAGGAAAGCGAGCUCAACUAUGUAUGGAUCGACACCUGCUGCAUCGAUAAGGCGAGCAGUGCUGAGCUUUCAGAGGCCAUUAAUUCGAUGUUUCGCUGGUAUCAGAGGUCCGCCGUCUGCUUCGCGUUCUUGUCAGAUGUGGACCUGCGAGGUGAGAGCUAUGGAGGAGUCCGGUUUGAAGUCAGUCGUUGGUUCACACGCGGUUGGACCCUUCAAGAACUCCUGGCGCCAUCGUUGGUUAUCUUUUACGAUCGACACUGGAAUGCGAUGGACACCCUAACUUCAUCAGUGGCCCGAAUUGCGGGUAUUACCGGCAUUCCAGGUGACGCCUUGGUAAAAACGGACUGCCUCGAUAGGUACUCCUAUGCCGACAGAAUGAGUUGGGCAAGCAAGAGGAAAACAUCGCGCAAAGAGGACAUGGCAUAUUGCCUGAUGGGCUUGUUCGAAGUCAACAUGCCUCUUCUUUAUGGUGAGGGAGAAAAGGCCUUCAUACGGCUACAAACAGAGAUCAUGAAAGAGCAUGGGGGUCAAAGUCUAUUGGCAUGGGGUUACAACAGAUCCGUGACUGAGCGUGGCUCCUUCUUCGCUCCUUCGCUGGCCCUCAUGGGAAGUGGCAAGAUGAUAGAAUACGAUUUGUCUGGAACUGCCCCUUUCGACCUGAGCAACAAGCGCCUCGAAAUAUUCCUAGACGUCUUGAAAGUCCCAAUAGCUGGCUUGCCUGGUUACUACUACGCGCUUUGGGACGUCUCGAGGACAACGGACAGCUAA